AUGGAAGACGAUAGGAAAAGAACCAGGCUGCGCAAAUCCUUGCAGCUCUACCUCUCCAGGACGCUCAAGAAGAUCCCUCCAAUCCACAUCCCCAGCUCAGCCAUUCCAGCUAACAUCACCAGCGCGCGCCUCCUCUCCACCUGCAGUGCGGACGACAACAGCAAGGACCAAGCGGCGACGCUCUCCGACGUCGACCGCUUCCUCUUCGACAACUUCCGGUCCCUCUACAUACAUGACAACAACGAUCCAUCAUUAUCGGUAGGCACAUCGACAUCAGUCGUCAACGGCACACCACCAACAUCGGAGACGUCAUCUUCCUCAGAAUCGGCCUCAGAAGACAUCAAGGAAGCUAGGUCAGGUGAGGAGGGUGGCGACAGCGCGACCAUAGUGGUCUUCACCAUGGAUCCUUACACAGACUUCCGGAGAUCCAUGCAGAACAUGAUAAAGUUGCACCAUGGCUGCGUAUGUCAGCCAUUGGAUUGGGACUUCCUGGAGGAGCUGCUCUUUUUCUACCUGCAGCUGAAUGACAAGGCUAUGCACAAGCACAUUCUCAGAGCCUUUGCUGACCUGACUGCCGGAACUCACAUGUCCAGUUCAACCCCUGGAAAUGCCCAGUGGGCUAACAAGAGCCUUAGAAGUCGGAAAAAUCACUAG